CCCCAAAAAACUGGACUUCACAGCGCCGAACCCUCCUCAGAUGUGCUCCUACUUUUAGAAAGGGAGUUUGAAAAAUAAAAAAAUAAAAAAAGAAGAGUCAAACUUUAAAAAAAAAAGCUGAGGCAGGCAGGAGUUGUUGCACCGGGGAAGUUUUUUCCUCUUUUUUUUUUGCCCCCCGGUUUUUUGGCCCCGUGGCGGGGCAGGACAGCGAGAGUAGGCCGGGGGUGGGAAACAAGGCGACCGUAUGAUGUGGAUCUGGUACCUCCUGCUUGGUUCGGGGUCCGGCUCAAGAACUGUUGAGAGCCAGCUGCUUCCGGGGAACAACUUCACCACCGAGUGCAACACCCCUGGAAACUUCAUGUGCGGAGAUGGGAAGUGCGUCCCGGGCGGGUGGCAGUGUAACGGAUUACCCGACUGCCUCGACAAGAGCGACGAGAAAGGCUGUCCUAAGGUCAAGUCGAAGUGUGCGCCGACGUUCUUCGCCUGCGCCAACGGCGUCCACUGCAUCAUCGGGCGCUUCCGCUGCAACGGCUUCAGCGACUGUCCUGACGGGAGCGACGAGGAGAACUGCACAGGCAACCCGCUGGUGUGCUCGGAGGCUCGCUUCAAGUGUCGGAACGGCCGCUGUGUUGACCGCAGCUUCUUGUGUAACGGUCAGGACAACUGUCAGGACAACAGCGAUGAGGAGCUUUGCCUGACUACAGCAGAAGCACCCGGCCAGGACUUUGUGACGCUGGACUAUCGCCUGCGAUACUACCCCAGCAUCACCUACGCCGUCAUCGGCAGCGCCGUUAUCUUCGUCCUGGUGGUGGCCUUGCUGGCCUUGGUCCUUCAUCACCAGAGGAAACGGAGCGUCCUGCUGCCCAGAGGUGUAAGAGGGAGCUCACAUCACCACCACCACCACCAGCCCCUGCUGCUGUCCCGUCUGGUCAUCUUGGACCGGGGCCACGUGCAUCCCGGAGGUCCGGGUCUGUCCAGCGGCUCCUCCACGGCAGCAGGACAGUACAGCUCAACUCCUCAAGCGCUACAGCUGCUGUCUGGGACCCUGUAUCCCGCCGGACUCUCCAUGGACUCACCUCCGUCGUACUCGCAAGCUGUUCUGGAUGUCAGUCGGCCUCCCUGGUUUGAUCUCCCUCCGCCUCCUUACCUCCCAGAUGGAGAACUUCCGUCGGAGGGCGAGCUUCCUCAGUACGAGGGCCCACAGGACCCUCUGACUCACCCCACAGCUCAUCCCUCUGCAGCCUCCACACCCAGAACUGUGGCCUCGGGCUCACAGCCGAGCUGCAGCUCCAGAGAGGAGUCGGACCAGCUGUAGCCACUCUCUAGCAGACUGGUGAUACUUAGGACUUAGAGACUGCGGGACUUGAGGACCAGGCUGGAAGGCAGCGCGAGGCCAGGACAGCCCACAACGAAGACCUUGCUUGAGGAGAUUCAACAAAGACUGAGAGACUGAACAGUGUCCUGGACUCGCUGCCCACACACCAGCUUACUGAAGCACUGGACUGAGAUGAGCUCUUCCUGGGGGACCGAGCUUGUGCGUUGGCUCCCCCUGCUGGGAUCACGGCUGAACUACAGCUUAAUCAUUCACACAGUCAUUGAUUCAUUUCUCAUUCUUUUGAAUUGUACUCCCCUUGAAGAAGUACUGUAUAUGACCCCUACCAGUGACCACAACCUGCAUCUCCAAAGAGUUCACAUGCCAUUUAAUAAUAGAUUCAUUACCAUGCAACGUGGUAACAUGAGUGUAAAUGAUGCUCUUCGUUAUGUGACACACUUCAGCAGCACUUGGAGAACUUAAUCAAAGUUAUGCAGCAUUUUUUAAUCCUCCCCACUGUACUUUGCAUUUUGAAAAAGUACACACUUUUCUACAAAGUUUGAGAUUUUUUAAGUUUAAAUUGUAAAUUACCCAAAUACUAGAUGAGAUCUGUAUUGUUGAUUCCUCGUACAGCAUUUUAAAGAACAUAACAAAAGCAGCUCAAUCAGAGGUGAUUUCCAGCUGUUUUCAGUGUUGAUGUGAGAUAUGAACUAAUGUGUCUAGUCAAAAUUAGCAUUUCACAACUUGUUUAAUAGAGCUUUAUGCUAUAGGUAUUUCUGAAACAUCAGCGAAGCUUGUUUUCUUUUCAAUUUUUUUUUCGAUGUUUUUCACAGUAUUUCUUGUCAUUUGGUUAAAUUCCAACUGAAAAUGUGAAGAGGACCAUUGAGACUUUAUGAAAUAAUGCUGAGGAGGAAUAUUUACCUUUAGUGUCAUGAAUCAUUCCUCGAAGUCAAAGAACCGCCUCUGCUGGCAACUUUUUUUUUUAUAUACAUUUCUGUCAGACGACCAAUCAUUUGUUUAUGUACACACACACACACAACAAGAGCAAGUACAAAGGAUUUUUGUUGAGGCCUUAUUCUGUGCUCGUGCCUUUGCAUGUGAUGUGAGAUUCAACCGUAAGCUCACAACCAUUAAGGAUAUUUUGUCUUUUAAAGUUCAAAGUAACGCCUGUAACUGUGUGUCAUUCAGACAAAAAUCAUCCUGUGUAGUAUUAGACGAUGACUGAUGAAAUGCCUAUCUGAAGGAUCUGUGUCUGUUCGUUCAUUUCAAAGUGGUUUGUUCAACACUGUACAUAGGGGAUAUUGAAAGUAAAGAGAUCUAUUUAAAGUAGAAAGCUACUCAGAGUUUAACGUGAGAGAUGAAUGUGUAACGAUGAAAUGUAGUUGUUGUUCUUUGCAUCUUACUUUUCUUGCAGAGCCUGCAGUGACGACGCAAGAAAAAACAAUCAAACCAAAGAUAAUCAUUAUCAAACUUUUCCCCAAGGAUGUUAUCCCCCCGCAAAAGGAGCAAUUAUGUGUUUGUUCCUUUAUUAUAUUAAAAAGUGCAAAAGGUUUAUAGACUGAAUUCAUGCUAUUUGCUGUAGAACUGGAAAACAUUUCUCAGGAUGAAAUUAUGCUAGUCUGUUGUUUAUGUCUUGGUUUUGUUUUCAGAAACACUUAAAUUUAACUUCCUUUUUUGUUUUUGUUUAGCUAUUUACAUAUUUGUGAGGUUGCCCGCGAUGAUCUUUUUAUCUCCUGUAUUCUGUACAUUUGAAGUAAUAUAAAUUUUCCGACUCAGA